AUGAAUAACUAUGGUAUUGGUGAUUAUCUCAAUUUAUGGUUACAACGAUUUGAUAAUGUCGAAGUUAAAAAUGAGAUUAAUAGUGAUUAUCUAAAUAAUGAACUUCUUAAUGAUUCUAAAAAGAACUUAAGCAAUGACGAUCAAAAAAUAAAAAAUCUUAUCAUAGGUUACAAUACUAAUGAGUUAAAGUAUGCUAAAAUCAAAAAUGGUUUACAAAUUUGGAGAACAUUGGGACCUGCAAAUAAAUCUGUUGCUCAUUUUUUUAAUCCAAAUUUCAUUAAAUAUGAUAGAGGAAAAGAUUUAAGAUCUUUUGAAUUAGACAUUUAUAAAUUACUUUGCUUACCUAUAACAUUUAAAAUAAGACAACUUCUUGUUUCAAUUUUAUCAUUAAUGGCUUCUCAUCCAUAUACAGAUAAAAAUUAUCAAAUAGGAAUUUCUGAUGUUGGAAAAAAAAUUUUAGACAAUUUUUUUAUUUUUAACUUAAAUAAUAAAAAAGGAACUACUACUAAUUAUGAAAUAGAAAAAACUGAAAAUUAUGAAUUUAGAUUAAUGGUAAGAUAUUUUUUGGAGACGUAUUGUAGAAAAAUGAAUUGUUGGGAAAUACGACUUUCCAUAACACAUGUUAAUGAUUUUUUGACUUUGUUUAGAGUUGUUUACUCUGAUUUCAUACAAGAAAUGCAACAAUAUAUGAUUUUAGGUGUAGACUAUCAAAAAAUAUACAACCAAAAAUUAAAUAAUACAUUAAUUCUUCUUGAUUUUCUUAUGCAAACAUUUGUAUGGCUUUGUAUGCCAUCUAAUUUUCUUUUUCUUUUAAAUAACACUGAUAUGUUUAAAACAAUUGAUCUUGUUUGUACAUUAACAAGUCAAUUUUGGAUUAGAUGUAAUUAUGUUCACAAUAUUUCAAAAGAUACAUUUUCUUUUUUUGCAAAAAGAGUUUUUAUUUCAUUGUCUACUUCAACUUUAAUUUUUCACAGGGACUAUAUCAGACUUUUAAAAAGUAAAAUAGCUUUUAAUCAUAUUAAAUUAUGGAAUGUAAUAAUGAAUAGAAUGCAUGAAAUUGAAAGUGUUCCUGAACCUGGAGACAAUAGAAGGAUAUCUGCCACUAUUCGAAGCACUGACGUGACUGAUGAUAAUUUUGAAGGGACAAAUAAUGAAGAUGGUAACAAUAUCCUUUCUGACAUCUCAGAUAUUUAUCAACUGUCUGAAUAUAAAGAAUUACUUAUUGUUGAUGAAGUUGUUAUUAAAGAAAUAUUAGCAAAUGAGAGAAACUUUAAGGAAAAUAAUACUAGCAAAACAAUGCUACUUUAUGUACUAAAUAUGAAAAAUGGCACAAUAGAAAAAAUUCUUGAUGAGUAUAAAAUGUCAAAGGCUAAUAUAUAUAAUCUUAGAAUUAGCAUUUACGGAAAAUAUUAUUGGCAGGUUAAUUUGUUUUCACCAACAGUUGUUUGA